CAACUUGCUCGGUGCAAGCCAGCGCCUCCGCUUGUCAUCUUAGUGAAACCUGACGGAGGGGUAGACGCCCGGGCUAUUGGCUCCAGUGCAGUUCAUCAUCGCCCAGCCGACUGUUCUCCUACCGGUGUAAUUCCUGCACCACCACGCAGACCCCCCCCCUUUGAAUGACGUCAGCGCGCAGGGUAUUCUGGGAAUAUGGCGGCGUUGUGCGGUGGACUGUAAAUACGACACUAGGAGACGAUAAACUGACCUCAAAAUAUUUUCAGUCGAGUUCGGUGGCGCUGAAACAGAAGAGCCAUGUCAGCAGGGACCGAGGGGGUGGUGGGGCUGGAGGAGCCCAAGAAGAUGACCAGGGAGGACUGGAGGAAGAAGAAGGAGCUAGAGGAGCAGAGGAAGCUGGGAAAUGCCCCAGCCGAGGUGGACGAAGAGGGGAAGGACAUCAACCCGCACAUUCCUCAGUACAUCUCCUCCGUGCCUUGGUACAUCGACCCCUCCAAGAGGCCGACCCUCAGGCACCAGAGGCCACAGGAGGAGAAGCAGCCGCAGUACACGGCCAUCGGGGACUGGUACAAGCGGGGCGUGCAGGAGAAACCUGUUACCACGAAGUAUCGGAAAGGGGCAUGCGAGAACUGUGGGGCGAUGACGCACAAGAAGAAGGAUUGCUUGGAGCGGCCCAGGAAGGUGGGAGCCAAGUUCACGGGCACCGACAUCGCGCAGGAUGAGCACAGCCAGGUGCAGCUGUCCCUGGACUACGACGGGAAGCGGGACCGCUGGAACGGGUACGACCCUGAGGAGCACAUGCGCAUCGUGGAGGAGUACUCCAAGGUGGAUCUGGCUAAACGCACUCUGAAAGCACAGAAGCUACAGGAAGAGCUGGCUUCGGGGAAACUUGUGGAUCAAGCGAGCUCAUCCAGAAAGCAGUGGGGAGAGGAUGAACACAAUUCGCAGACAGAGAGGGAGCACAAUAGCGAAGAUGAAGAUGAGGACAAGUACGCUGAUGAUAUCGACAUGCCGGGCCAGAACUUCGACUCCAAGAGACGGAUCACCGUCAGGAACCUGCGCAUCCGAGAAGACAUCGCCAAGUACUUGAGAAAUCUGGACCCCAACUCUGCAUACUACGACCCCAAGACCCGAGCCAUGAGGGAGAACCCUUAUGCAAACACUGGGAUGAACCCAGAAGAAGUGGGCUAUGCUGGCGAUAACUUUGUGCGCUACACAGGGGACACCAUAACCAUGGCCCAGACGCAGUUGUUUGCCUGGGAGGCCUACGAGAAGGGCUCCGAGGUUCACCUGCAGGCCGACCCCACGAAGCUGGAGCUGCUGCACCAGUCCUUCAAGGUGAAGAAGGAGGAUUUCAAAAACCAGCAGAAAGAGAGCAUCCUGGAGAAGUACGGCGGAGAGGAGCACCUGGAUGCGCCGCCCCAGGAGCUGCUGCUGGCACAGACGGAGGACUACAUGGAGUACUCCCGGCACGGCGCCGUGAUCAAGGGCCAGGAGAAGGCUGUGGCGCGCUCCAAGUACGAGGAGGACGUGCUCAUCAACAACCACACUUGUAUCUGGGGGUCCUACUGGAAAGAGGGCAGGUGGGGCUACAAGUGCUGCUACUCCUUCAUCAAGCAGUCCUAUUGCACCGGGGAAGCUGGCGUACAGAGUAAUACCAACCCUGCCUGCGUGCCGUUUGAGGAGGAGAUGAGUCAGCAGCAGGAGGAGCCCAAGUCAUUAUUGGAGAUGCACCAAGAGAAGAUGAUGAAGAAGAAGAAAAAGAAGAAGAAGCACAAGAAGAAGGACUCGGACAGCAGUGACGAGGACGAUGAGGCGACGAAGAAGGAGAAGCUGAAAAGGGCUCUCAGCGCGGAAGAGGCCCGGCUGAAGCAGGUGGACGAGCUGCUGCAGCUGGACGAGCGCAAGAGGCCCUACAACAGCCUGAAGGAGGUGCGCGAGCCCACGGAGGAGGAGAUGGAGGCCUUCCGCAUGAAGAGGUACAGGCCCGACGACCCCAUGGCCUCCUUCCUCGGACAGUGAGGCAGGGGGGGCAAGGCGAGGACGCCCGCGGGUCCCAGCCCCCAUCUUGGAAGCUGGGCCGGAGGGUGCCUUUCUCCCAGCCGGUCACCAAGCGACCGAUUCUUCUGACUUUCGCGGAGGCAGACGUGACCUCGCAGCACGCUGUCGGCCGGGCUGCUCCGGUUUCUUGCUGGCUCGGGGAUACUCGCUCCCAUUUCCUCCAGUGUCCCCGGAGACGAGGCGGAGAAGGAGCGAGCCGGAUCUGGUCUUCUCCGAUUUUUCUCUCUGUACCCGCCUGCCAUUUGUAAAUCGCGCGUGUGCCAGGAGAUACCGCGCUUCGACUGGACACUUGGAUGCUUUUAUUUCCCCCCAAAAAAACUGUUAUCUCACAGGUCAUCUUACCAAAUGGAAUUAAAGCAUGUUGUUUACGAUG